UAUCAGUGUUGUUGCCACAGCGAUGAUGUUGACGCGUUAUAUUUGUGCUGUGAGUCAACGGAGUACUUUCACUGGUUGUCGGAGGAUUGUGUUGGGGAUUAAAUAACCGUGAGUCGUCCUCAGACUCCUCAGCCAUGGUGCCAUACAGCUUUUAAACUGAGCCACAUCAGGACUGGAUUACAGCUGUUAGCCGAGCUUGUCUGCAAGUCCAAGGUUUUUAAAGGAUGCAUACAACACGCAGUCCUUCGUCCAUCCCCACAGGUGUCCCAGGAGAUGCCCUGGAUCUCAGCCUGUCAGGCUCCCCGCUGUCUAUGUCCAAAAGGCCCAGCAGUGCGUCACCAGGGAAAUACUUCUCUCGCUCUGUGUCGGUCUCUGUGGCCGGCGACAGCAGAGGCAAACGCAACACUUUAAGUGACACCAGCCUUGGCAGCUCCCGAUCCAUCAAGAACUUGAGGCGGUCCAACAGCACCACGCAGGUCAACCAGCAGGCCAACAUCAGUUUAAGUCAGGGCCAGAGUGAGGACUACUUGGCCUUGUUUGACAGCAGCUCUGAUGGACGCAAGAAACUGGCGAGCCUCAGCAAGACCUCACCAGACAGAACCACGUGGAACAUCCUGGAUGACCAGCCGAGAGCUUUCCCACUGCACUCAAGCUCCCGCAGCACCGGCAGCGUGGACUCUCCUACCAGCCUGAAGAAACGAGAGCCUGGCAUUGCUCUGGCUGCCACCUUCACCGCCAACAACAGGAGCAACAAGGGAGCUGUGGGUAACUCCGUCACCACCAUCUUACACAACAACUAUUCUGAGAAGCCGCUCACACCUAAGAGCUCCAACCAGAAGCCAUCCUUCAAUAACAUCCUGAAGGCCACAGCGAAUGAUGAGGUGUCACUGGAGAAUGGUUCCCUCACUAAGUCCCAGAAAAAUUUCUCCUCUGCCUCCCUCGCCUCCAAUAACAAAUCCCCAGUGUCUGCUCAGCAUGGCAGCCCUGUCCUGCUGCGGAGGAGGGAGGUGACAGAGGAGGAGGCUGAAAGGUUUAUUCAGCAGGUAAACCAGGCUGCAGUCACUAUUCAGCGCUGGUACAGACACCAUGCCAAGAGCCGACACACAAAGCAGGCAGCACUCAAACGCAUCCUUGCCAGUAAAAGAAAGGAGUGGGAGGAGAGAACAGAGGAGGAAAGGUGCCUGGAGCAGCAGCAGAAGAAGGAAGAAGACAGGAAACGGAUUCGUGAGGAGAAGGCUCGUCUUGCCCGCCUCGCUGCCAUCAAGGAGCUGCAGCAGAAAAGAGCCCAGAGGGCUGCAGAGAUGCAGCACAUGCCAGAGGUGGAGCUGGAAACCUUGAGGCAGACCGUUGUGGUAGGACGAAAGAAACCGCCCAAGAUUUCUCCAAUCAACAAAAGUCCAGCCUCACCGAGCAACAACAGCCCGAUGUCACCCACAGACAUCAAAACCAAGAACACAGACUCCAAUUUGAAUGUUGUGGCUGACACAGGUGAUCUGACCUUCAGAGCCAUUUCCCCAACUUUAUCCAAUCCCAGAGGCUCUCGGUGUUCCCAGGAGGACCAAGCGGAGGAAGAGAUUUCCCUGGAGCAGCAUCAAGCGAGCGACAGGAAACUAAUCCGUAAAGAUGGAGGUCUCCUGGCCUGCCUCACUGCCCCCCAAGUGACCACAUCUAAUGGGCUGCAGCAGAAAAGAGCACAGCACGCUGCUGAGACACAUGCGCUGGAAGUGGAGCUGGAAAAUUCGAGGCAGACCAGUGUGGUAGGACGCAAGAAAGUGCCCAAGAUUUCCCCGACAAACAAAAGUCCAGCCUCUCCGAGCAACAACAGCCCAAUGUCACCCACAGAUGUCAAAACCAAGAACACAGACUCUAAUUUAAACAUUGUGGCUGAUUUGGGCGAACUCAGCUUCAGAGCCAUUUCCCCAGCUCUGUCCAAUCGUAGAGGUUCUCAAUGUUCCCAAGAGAUUCUGCAAAGGUCAGUGAGUGUGGAGGACCAGAGGCAGGGAGGCUUGUCCAGUAGGGCUCAGUCUAAAACCACCCUGAACGAGCUACUGGACACCCUGAAGCUGUUAGAGGAGGAGCCGGAGAGGCUGUCAGAGCCCAAGUGCUAUCACAAAGAGAAAUACGCCUGGAUAGAUGAGGAUGGGGACUUGAACUCUUUGACUACUGAUAACCUGGAGCGUCAUGGCCAGCUGAGCCACCACCCUACGCUGCCAGACGGGGGCGCCUUGCUCUCUGAGGCCAAGCUGCAGAGCAUCAUGAGCUUCCUGGAUGAGAUGGAGAAGUCAGAGCAGGAGAGACCACGCUCGGUCACCUCAGGAUCACACAGAGAGGCUGUGUUGUCUGAGGAGGAGCUGGCCGGUGUGGAGCAGGUGUCGGCCACCGCUGCUGAAGUCACCAGCUCCAUGAUGAGGAUCAAACUGGAGCUGGAGGAGAAGAAACGCACCAUCAACAUGUUGCAGACUGCUCUGGCCCAGCAGAGAGAGCUGACCAUAAGACAUGUGAAGGAGACCGAGAAGGAGCUGAGCAGGAACUUCCAGCUCCAGAAGGAACAAUAUGAAUCCACCAUCCAGAGACACCUCACCUUCAUCGAUCAGCUCAUCAAUGAUAAAAAAGCUCUGAGUGAGCGCUGUGAAGGAGUGGUGGGAGAACUGAAGCAGGUGGACCAGAAGUACACCAAGAAGAUCACACAAAUGCAGGAGCAGCAUGAAAUGGUGUGGCAAAUUCUCGGCCCCUUGUGUGAGGAGAUCAAGAAGUUAAAAGACCUGAUGAGUGCCACAGAGAAAAUCAGACGGGAGAAAUGGAUUGAUGAGAAAACCAAGAAGAUCAAAGAGAUCACAGUCAAAGGCCUGGAGCCAGAGAUCCAGAAGCUGAUCUCUAAACACAAACAGGAGCUGAAGAGGCUGCGGACUCUCCACGAGGCUGAGCUGCUGCAGGCAGACGACCGUGCAGCCCAGCGCUACAUCCGGCAGUGCGAGGAGCUCCGCCAGCAGCUGGAGAGGGACAAUGAGGAGCAGUGCCAGAGAGAGAGGGAGCUAGCCAAACAAAGAUAUGAGAAGCAGCUUCAGGAGGAGGAGGUGUCUCUGCAGCAGCAGCGGAGGCGUCUCUACAAGGAGAUCGCUGAUGAGAAAGAGAGGCUGGCUCAGCUGGCUGCAAGGCAGCGUGCCGAGCUUGAUGAUUUGCGGAGACAGCUGGAGGAAAACAGCUCUCUGGCUGGACGAGCCCUCAAAGAAGAGCUGGACAAGACCAGGGAGGAGCAGGAGAGGAGACAUCAGGUGGAAUUGAAGGCAUUACAAGAGCGUCUGGACAUUGAAAAGCAGGCGUGGGAAGAAAACUACAAGAAGAAAGAGGAAGCAUGGCUGCUGACGCGUGAGCGCGAGCUAAAAGAACAACUGCGAAGAGAGCGUGACAAAGAGAUAGAGCUCGCCAUCUGGACGCUGGAGGAGGAGACCAGCAAAGACAAAGAGGAGUGUGAGAGGGCUGCAGAAAACAGGCUGAAGCGUGUGAGGGAAAAGUAUGAGGCUGAGCUGAGAGACCUGGAGCGCUCUGAGAGGGUGGCUGUGGAGAAACAGCAAGAAGUGAGGAAGCAGCAAAUGGAGACGGAGGGAGAACUGAUCAGACUGCAGGCCAUGCUUAGACAGAAAGAACAGGAGGUUGAAGAGAUCACACAGGCAAGGGACAAGUUGGCAGAGGAGCGCCGCAGCCUGGCAGAGGUGAUAAGGCAGGAGUUUGCAGACCGCUUGGUGAUGACGGAGGAGGAGAACCGCAGGUUGAAGGUGGAGGUAUCAGAAGUCCGGGCGAGGAUGCGGCUGGAAGUGGAGAGGGUCACACGGGAGAAGGAGGAGGAGCUGGCUGAAGUACACCAACGAGUGAAGUCAGCCAUCUUGAAGAAGGAAGAAACAGUCAAUAAUCUCCGGAAGCAGCACGAGGCUGCCCUGAAGAGAGCGGAUCACCUGGAGGCCCUGUGGGAACAGCAGAGGAAGCAGUUGCUGGAGAAGUGACUGACAGGAAGUGCAGGUUUCAUCUCUCUGUGGACCUUUUCAUCAGUGCCCCCCCCCCCCCUUGCUCCAGGCUCCAACAAUUGUGAUACUGGACCUCUGGAUCCUUAGAAAGUUGAACAAGUGACUGAACUUUGCCCUACCUCACUUUGAAAAUACAAAAAUUAGUAAAUGCACUGUAUAACCCACCCCCUGCCCACACUUCUCCAGCCAUGAAGGAGCAUAUUGUGUUGGAACUUCAUUUAAAUGCCAGAGACCAGGUGGACAUCCUACUGUUUGUUUUGCGUUUGUGAAUGUACUUCCUCUUUCCUCUUCCUACCUGGGGAACAUUCCUGUUCCCCACAAAUGUGCUACUCCGAACAGUUCCAGAUGUUUCUCAACCAGCCCAGGCCUGCGCUGUUGUGAAGUGGGACAUGGUGGGGGUUGUUCGUCUUUCUAGAGGGUCACUCAUCUCAUCUGAGCUGUCAGCAUCAGAGCUGACGCAGAGCUUCUGCCCCCCUUUUUUUUUUUUUUUUUUUUUUUUUUUAAAUGAGUUGAGUCAUGUGUUUUUUGUCCCAGCAGCCCCUCAAGGCCAGCACUAAUUACAGGAUCCAUAACCUCCCCCCUCUUCAAUGCAGUCCUGCGAACAGCUCUAAACACUUUGUUUCUUAUGUCUUUAACCAAACUUGAGACCUAAUGAAGCAGUUUUUGGAAACAUACUAACACUGGUUUUAGACCUGCUGGGAGUUAGAAAGCUUGUAAGAUGUUGUUAGAAAGCGCUUGGAGACAUGUAGGCAACUUAAAGGAAACCGAGCAGAGGAAAGAAGAACGUCUGACUGGAAGCUUGUGGUCAGAUGAUUGCAGAGUGGCUUCUGAAUGUAGGGAAGAAAAAAAGAGGAUCGGGGUGGAGGAAAGGAGGAAUGUGCAUAGAAAAUGUUUAUAGGAUUAGGAAAGCAGAGCUGGGACUGAGCAGUGUGGUUAGGUGGAUUUAAGGGGGCACAAAGCAUGUGACCAGGCGCAUGUUUAGAGCCAUGGCUUAAGAGCCUGUGAAGAAAAGCAUCAAAUUCAGCAGGGAAAAGGGUGCCCUGACUCAAACACAUGUAGCAUCUGAGUCUGUGUCUUCAGACACUCUUCUGGUUCACUUUUUUUUUCUUUUCUUAAUUUCUUGACCCUGAAGCUAUGUCAAAGGUCCUCUCAGAUGCAGAAAGUCCUUGAGGGAAACAUUGCAGUCAGGGCGGUUCAUAGUUCGAGUUAGGGAGGGCUGGGGCAGCUGUAACAAGAGUUUGUUGCCAAGAGAAACUCUAAACCUGGAAGUAAGGCCUGUUAUUUAGGUACAAUAUGACGUAACAGCAAAGGCCCCCACAGCCUCCAAAUUAGACCUCAGAUGAAAAAAAUAUUUAUUUUUGCUUCUUUAUUUAUUUUAGUACUCAUACUGUCUGUAGUGUAAUUGGUCCACAGAAAGGUCAAAGAUGUGAAGCAAGUUGUUCUCAACCCUUCUCAAAACAAACUCUUUUAUUCCUUCUGCGAGGAACAUUUAAGCAGUUCCCAAGUGUCAUGUGAGACCAUAACCGGUCCAUUUUUAGUCUAUCUAAAUACAGUACGUCAGGUUUUUUCUGACCUCUAAGUUGUCUAAGCCACAAUGUGUGAAAUGUAAUCUGCCAGGAGCCUGUUGGUUUAAUGUAGCUUCAGUUUGGUCACAUAGUUAACCAUUAAACCUAAAUCGAUGUCAGCACUCCCUGCAGAGCACAGAUAAAAGAAGAUGACUCCCAUAUUGCUGGUUGAUGUGUCACACGGUCGCUGAGCUCCACUGUGAGUCAGUCUGGAGGCCUCGAAGCUGCUGCGGACAAGGGCAGCUGGCCUCGGACCCGACAGGGGCAGCGAUGUGUGAGCUGGCAUUCCUCACGCAUGCCCAUCCGACAAGUGCCAAUGAGCCUUUCUUUUGUGUGUUUGCGUGCCACCACUCCUCCCCAUUGUGACCUGAAUUGACCCUGGUGGUGUCAGAUAGACCAACAAACACAUGCACACAUUGACUGCAGCUGUAUACAAAUCAUUCCAGCUCUCUUCUGUUCAGCAUUUCGGCAUCUGUAGCUCUUCAACGCACUAUAGUUUUGUUUUAUUUUAGACUGUUUUUUUUUAAAUGAUUAUUCAAUAUGAUUCUUUGAAAAACUGUGAAGAGAAUAAAAAGCAAAGACUGU